CUGUGUGUCGUGUCUGUGUGUUGUAUUUCUAGGCUCUCAGCUGCUCGGGCUUCAGACUACAGACUCUGUGUUUCGUGCCCAGGUGCACUUCAGCUCUUUCUCCUCCAUCCUCCUCCUUCUCUUCUUUGAGCUGCUGUUCGUUUCAGACAGACUGAGCCGCUUCUCUGUGUUUGUGUGAAACAUGCUGUGAUUUCACUGAACAGACUUUGACCUCACCCGGUGGCUGCUGGGAAAUAAAGCCUUCUUCUUCUUCUUCUCCUUCUUCUUGUUCGUCUUCUUCUUCUUCUUCCGUGUUGGAGAAAUGUCAGCGGUCGGUCCGGACCAGAUCAAGACCGGAGACCAAACCCGAACCGGAGCCGGAUCCGAGCCGGACCCCCAGGAGGAGGAGGCCGGGGUCCUGCAGCCCCAGACCGUGUUCGUCAUCCUGGACUCGGCGGAGACUCUCAACCUCGUCCGGGUGGAGUCCGGCAUCGUCGCUGACAUCGAGGUGGACAGUCUGCUGCCGUCCGACUGCGACACCUUCUACCAGAUCAAGAGUCAGCCAAUCAGCAUCAGUACGUCGGCCUCCUCCUCCUCUUCAUCUUCAUCGUCACUGCCGUCAGCCAUGCCAUCCAGGGUCCUGAUGCGUCAGGAUCUGAUGCGUCAACAGGCGCUGGAGCAGCAGCAGAAGGAGGCUCAGCAGCAGAUGCUCCGCCCCCACAGUGACUCCUCCCCCAUCUCCAUGUCAGUCACCUCCUCCUCCUGCAGACCGCCAGCCCAGGUCCCCGUGGAGGUGCUGAAGGUGCAGACUCACCUGGAGAACCCCACCAGGUACCACAUCCAACAGGCCCAGAGGCAGCAGGUGAAGCAGUACCUGUCCACCACGCAGGCCACCAAGACGGCCAUUCAGAAGGCCGCCGGAGCAUCGCCAAGCCCCUCCCACCAGUCAGGCCCCGCCCCCAGCAGCCCUAGAGAGGAGAUCGAGGACGCCGUCAUCGAUGACAUUAUCAGCCUGGAAUCGAGCCUGAACGACGAAUACCUGACGCUGAUCGACUCUGGACUCCCGCUCGCUACCACGAUGCCGGUGUCGGGGAACACACUGGACGUUUACGGUAGCGGAGGCAUGGCCACGCCCACCAUCACCAUUAGCAACAGCUGCCCGGCCGACCUGCGAGCCGUCAAGACGGAGCUGAGCGAUGUGGAGGCCAAAGCUCUGAUUAAAGAGAGGCAGAAGAAGGACAACCAUAACCUCAUUGAGAGGAGGAGGAGGUUCAACAUUAAUGACCGGAUCAAAGAGCUUGGAGUGCUCGUUCCCAAAGCCAGCGACCCGGAGAUGCGUUGGAACAAAGGGACGAUCCUGAAGGCGUCGGUUGACUACAUCCGUAAACUACAGAAAGAACAGCAGAGAACCAGAGAGAUGGAGGAGAGACAGAGGAAGCUGGAGAACACCAACCGAUCACUGCUGCUGCGGAUACAGGAGUUGGAGGUACAGGCUCGCCUCCACGGCCUCUCUUCCUCCUCCUCUGCCUCGCCUCCUCCCCCCUCCUCCUCCUCUUCCUCCUCCUCUCUGAACCCCACCGUGGCCAACCCCCAGGCCCUCCUCUCCGCCCCGUUGCCCCACCCCUUCUCCUCCAGCUCCUCCCCGUCCCUGGUGACUCCGCCCCUCGGCCUGGACGCCCUCAGCUUUGUGGAGCUGGACGACCCCCAGGGGGCCUCCGCCGUCUUCUCCCCGGACCUGAUGGCCGACGUCGGGCUGGCGGCGCUCGACGGCCUCGGCGACAUCCUGAUGGAGGACGCCGGCGACCCGCUGUCGCCCGUAAGCGGCGGCGACCCGCUCCUGUCCUGCGGCGCCUCCAAGACGAGCAGCAGGAGGAGCAGCUUCAGCAUGGACGAGGACCUCUGAUGACGGAGCGCGAUCGGCACGGCGCUGGAGGUGAAAUCUGCUGAGAACUGCUGUAAUUCAGCGCACAACUUCGAUGUCGCAUUGUUACCGUGGCAACUGGUGCUUCCCGAUCACUGUCCACUUCCAGUACGAGCAAACAAGCAGCUGAUUGGUUGGUUAAAGUCAGCUGGUCUGAGCUUCCGGCGACCAAUAACCCUAAAAGGAAAGCAGACCUUGAAUUUUUAGGUCUUAAUUUUCCUUUAAAAUGUUUGGCUCCAAAUACAGGUCAUGUCAUCUCUGACCUCUGACCUUUGACCUCUGUUCAUCUUAAAGCCGUUUCGCACCAAGCGCUGAUUUUUGCUGGAAAUGUUCACACAGAAUCCUCUGAAACUGAUUCUGUGGGUUCUUAUCAAUGCUGUCACACCCUGUGGAAUAUUUCUGUGGAGAAAAUAUUCGGAUGGACCUCAGUUUCACCUGCAGAAACACAAUCAGUAAACUGAUGGUAGAAUAUUUAUCAUUAGUUACAUGUACCAACACUUCUAUUACGAGUGCCUUCGACCAUGACUCAUCAUUUUAGUUCACAACCGACAGUUUAAAGCACAGGUGUCAAACCUGCGGCCCGGGGGCCAAAUCUGGCCCGCCAAAGGUUCCAUUCCGGCCCUGCAGGAUGAAAAUGCAAAAAUGAACCUGAACAGUCCAGGUUAUGAAAAUCCUU